AUGGCUAUGAGGGCAAGGCAAAAGAUCCGUGCUCCACGGAGGGGUCUUAACACCAAUAAAACCGAUGACUUUGAAACAAACUGGGAAGGCUUGUCAACGUCCCUGAAGAAAAUCCAUACGAAAGAUGCGUCCAAUCUCUCUUUCGAGCAGCUAUACCGGAAUGCCUACAACAUCGUGCUGAUGAUGCGCGGCGAGGAGCUAUAUGAACGGGUCAAGAAGCUUGAGCAAGAAUGGCUUGAUACCGAAGUGCAGAAGCGGGUGACUGCGGCAAUCUCAUCGGUUCUUCUCCAGGCGAAGGACCAAGCCGAAAUCCAGGAUCAAGAAAAUGAGCGGAGGGACACCGGGGAGAAGUUUCUAGAUGUACUAAGGGAAGCCUGGGAGGAUCACCAGAUUUCCAUGGGGAUGAUUACAGACGUUCUCAUGUACAUGGAUCGAGUCGUUUCGGCAGACCAUAAGAAACCUUCGAUAUACGUCGCAUCCAUGGCUUUAUUUCGUGACUUUGUGCUACGAUCUGUGGUCCGUGCAGAUGCAGAGUCGACAGUCGCCGAUGUGCUCAAAUCUACUGUGCUCUUUAUGAUCCAGCUGGAACGGUCAGGGCAGAUGAUAAACCGGCCGCUGAUUCGGCAUUGCAUUUAUAUGCUGGAGGGUCUCUAUGAAACCAUUACUGAAGAGGAAUCAUCAAAGCUUUACCUAACUAUGUUCGAGCCGGCAUUCCUUGAGACGAGUAAAGUCUUCUACAGGGCAGAAGGACGGCGACUGCUAGAGACGGGAGACGCUGCUACAUUCUGUAAAGCCGCCUCCGACCGCAUAGCGGAAGAAGGGGCGCGCUGUCUCUCCACACUCUCACCACUGUCGGAGCCGAAGAUUAAAGACGUACUAGAUAAAGAGCUGAUCGGCUCAAACAUUGCGGAAGUUAUCAACCUGGAGGGCACCGGGGUCAAGAAUAUGCUCGACCAUGACCGCAUGGAUGUUCUACGAAAUGUCUAUGUACUGAGCGCAAGGGUAGACAGUAAAAAGACUCCUUUGACUGUUGCCGUUCAAAAGCGCAUAGUGGAGAUGGGUGAUGAGAUCAAUAAGUCGGCAAUUGCAGCAGCACAAGCUCAACCCACGAAAUCUGCAGAAAAGACCGCCGAGGGUGGAAAGAAACCUGCUGAGAAGCCUGUGAAUCUGCAGACAGUUUCCGCUAUCAAAUGGGUCGACGAUGUCUUAGGGUUGAAGAUGAAGUUCGAUAAGAUCUGGGAACAAUCAUUCCGGUCCGAUCCGACGAUGCAAAGCGCCAUCACGACGAGUUUCUCAGAGUUUAUCAACUCAAACACGCGCAGCUCAGAGUAUCUGUCGCUCUUUUUUGAUGAGAACUUGAAAAAAGGCAUCAAAGGCAAAACGGAGACUGAAGUGGAUGCUCUUUUGGACAACGGAAUUACCCUCCUACGCUAUGUGAAGGACAAAGAUCUCUUCGAGGCAUACUACAAGAAGCACCUGUCCCGGCGUCUUCUAAUGAAGCGCUCAGUUAGCAUGGAUGCAGAGCGGCAGAUGAUAUCCAAGAUGAAGAUGGAGGUCGGGAACCAGUUCACGCAACGCCUAGAAUCCAUGUUCAAGGACAUGACGGUUUCCGAGGAUUUGACUGCCAGCUACAAGGAACAUAUUCGGCGGGCAGGUGAUCCCGACCAGAAACCUGUUGAUUUAGAAAUCAAUGUCCUCACGAGCACUAUGUGGCCCAUGGAGUCCAUGUCUAGUAUUAAAGGCGAGGAAGUUCAGCUUCAUUGCAUUUUCCCCAAGGAAAUCGACAACCUGAGACAAAGCUUCGAGCAGUUUUAUCUUAGCAAACACAAUGGCCGGAAGCUGUCAUGGCAGGCUAGUAUGGGCACGGCAGAUAUCCGGGCCACGUUCCACAGGUCCAACGGCAAGGUCCAGCGACAUGAGCUCAAUGUCUCCACUUAUGCCAUGGUAAUCCUGCUGCUCUUCAACGACGUUCCCCAGGGCGAGUCUCUCACAUAUGAAGAGAUUCAGGCCCGGACAAGGAUUCCAGACCAUGAUCUAAUCCGCAAUCUGCAGUCGCUUGCGGUUGCACCAAAGACACGGGUCCUGAAGAAGGAUCCCAUGAGCAAGGACGUCAAACCUACUGACCGAUUCGUCUUCAACAACGAGUUCCAGAGUCCGUUCAUGAAAGUCCGCAUCGGUGUCGUCAGCGGAAGCGCCAACAAGGUAGAAAACCAAGACCAAAGAAAAGAAACCGAGAAGCGAAUGAACGACGAGCGUGGCGCCAGCAUUGAAGCUGCAGUCGUGCGAAUCAUGAAACAACGAAAGACACUGGUCCACUCCAAGCUCAUGAGCGAGGUCCUAAGCCAACUGUCCGCACGUUUCGUUCCAGACGUGAACAUGAUCAAGCGGCGUAUCGAGAGCUUGAUUGACCGCGAGUAUCUCGAACGAGUCGAAGAAGACCCGCCCACAUAUGGAUACGUCGCUUAA